UCAUUUAUGGGUACUUGCAUGAAAAGAAUAUAUGAUCAAUAUCAUUUUUUGAUUUAGAAAUAAUACUUUUAAUUCAAUUAAUAGAGAUAGCAUUUCUAGCCCUUAACUGGAUAUUUUAUGCAUCCUUCUUAUGAAGACAAAAAUCCUCAUUUAAGCUUUGUUUCUUGGUGCAAUUAAUAGAACUAUGAAAUUAAAAUGGGGAAAUUCUACCAAACCCAAGCUUGUGAAGUUCAGGAUAGAUGGACUAUUAUAAUAAGUUCUAUUGAUGAUUUCUAAUUUGAUUCAUCAAAGUUUAUACAGAGAAAAAGUGUGAAGAAAAACCUAUUGAAUAACCUCUUAUUAGAUAAUUACCAUAUUCUGUCUAGUUUUUUCCAAUUUCUAAAAUAUAGUAUCAUAAAAAUAAUUUGAA